AUGUCAGACCAGUAUGAAGGCGCUAUAGGAAUUGACUUGGGAACUACAUAUUCGUGCGUUGCUGUGUGGGAAAAUGAGUUGCGCGUUGAAAUAAUUGCUAAUGAACAAGGGAACCGCACAACACCUUCAUAUGUCGCCUUUGCCGACACAGAGCGUCUUAUUGGUGACGCUGCCAAGAACCAAGCGGCUAUGAAUCCUAAAAACACAGUCUUUGACGCGAAACGUCUAAUAGGUCGACGUUUUGACGAUCCAGAAGUAAAGGCCGAUAUAAAGCAUUGGCCUUUUACUGUUGUUGAAAAAGAUGGUGCUCCUUUGAUUCAAGUUGAAUACCAGGGCGAAACGAAAAAUUUUACCCCACAAGAAAUAUCGUCGAUGGUAUUAACUCGUAUGAAGGAAAUUGCUGAAGGAAAAUUAGGAAAAAAAGUCAAGAAAGCUGUUAUUACUGUUCCAGCUUAUUUUAAUGAUUCUCAACGUCUUGCCACUAAGGAUGCUGGAAAAAUUUCAGGAUUGGAUGUACUUCGAAUUAUAAAUGAACCAACUGCUGCAGCUAUAGCUUACGGACUUGAUUCUAAAGAAACAAAAGAAAAGAAUGUUUUGAUAUUUGAUUUGGGUGGUGGUACUUUUGAUGUAUCUCUCUUGAAUAUAACUGGAGGCGUUUUUGCUGUAAAAGCUACCGCAGGAGACACUCAUUUGGGCGGUGAAGAUUUUGAUAACAAUCUUCUUGAAUACUUUAAACUAGAAUUUAAGCGUAAACAGAAGCAUGAUAUAUCAGGGGAUGCACGUGCUAUACGACGUUUAAGAACUGCUUGUGAAAGAGCAAAACGAGCUUUAUCUUCACAAACUCAGACAACUAUUGAAGUUGAUUCAUUAUAUGACGGUAUUGACUUUCAAGCCAAUAUUACUCGUGCUAAAUUUGAGGAAUUGAACUCUUCUCAAUUUAGUUCUACUUUAGAACCUGUCCGUAAGGUUUUAAAAGAUGCAAAAAUAGAGAAAAAGGAUAUACAUGAAAUUGUUCUUGUAGGUGGUUCUACUCGUAUCCCAAAAAUUCAAUCACUUCUUCAAGAUUUCUUUGAUGGAAAAGAAUUGAAUAAAUCAAUUAAUCCGGACGAAGCUGUUGCUUACGGAGCUGCUGUGCAAGCUGCUCUUUUAACAAAUCAAGCUGAUAACGAAAAAACUCAGGAUCUUUUACUUUUAGAUGUAGUUCCACUUAGUUUAGGUGUUGAAACUCAAGGUGGAGUUAUGGCAGUAGUUGUACCUCGAAAUACACCUAUUCCAACUAUCAAAAAAAAAGUUUUCACGACAGCAGAAGAUGGUCAAACUAUCGUUGAAUUUCCAGUAUAUGAAGGGGAAAGGCCAAUGUGCUAUGAUAAUAAUUUAUUAGGAUCUUUUGAACUAUCAGGAAUACCUCCAAUGCCUCGUGGAGAAGCUGAGCUUGAAUGUACUUUUGAUAUUAAUGCUGAUGGUAUUCUUAAAGUUACAGCAAAGGAUAAAGCGACGGGACGAAAAGCUAAUAUUACAAUCUCAAAUUCGGCCGGUCGAUUAUCAGCUGUUGAUAUUGAACGUAUGGUUGCUGAGUCAGAAAAAUUCAAAGAGGAAGAUAAAAAGAGUCAAGAACGCGUAGAAGCAAAACAAGAGCUUGAAAAUUAUGUUUAUCAAAUUGAAAAUACGCUUAAUGAACCAAAUGUUGCUAUGAAAUUGAAACGCAAUGAUAAAGAAUCCAUUGAGAAUGCUCUUUCAGAAGCACUUGAAUUUCUUGACAUUUCUAAUGAUUCGACGGUUAGCAAGGAAGAUAUUAACGCUACAAGGAAGAAAUUACAACGUAGCGUUACUCGUGCAUUUGCUUCACUCAAUCGCUAG